UUUUUCACCUCUAUUAAUACCACAAAGAAUCAGUUUUGGCGAGUGAUCGCGACGAGCAUAGCAUGCACGGUGGCGGCCAUGGCAUUUGGCGGGUGAUCGACGAGCGUAUAUAGCAUGGUGGCCAUGGCGUGCUUGGGUGGGUGGGGCGAUCUCCCGCCGGAUCUACUCGACGUCGUCGCCGACGCGCUCCCGCUCGAGGACUACACCCGCGUCCGCGCCGUCUGCACCGCCUGGCGCGCCGCGCUGCCCCCGACCUUGCCGUCGCUUCUCGUCCGCCGCCUCGACGGCGGCUGCCACCGCUUCUCCACCUGGUGCCUGUCCGCCGCGACCGCCGUGCUGCAAUGUCCGCCCACGAUGCUCUCCCCCACGAGACGCUGCGUCGGCUCCGGCUCCGGCCCCGGCUGGAUCGCCGUCUGCGGCCCAGAGGUCGUCGGCCUCGUGAACCCCCUCACCGGCGAGGAGAUACCGUUCCGUUCGUUCCCGCAGCGGGGGCUGGUGGUGUCCAAGAUCGUGUUCGCGCCGAACCCAACGGCGCGCGACUUCACCGCCGUGGUCAUCUCCGACCAUGCCUGCUUCACCGGGCGUGGCCGCAUCGCCUACACGACUCGCGGGAACGGCGGAUGGGCCCACGUCGAGGUCCCCGGUCUCCCCCGGCGGGACGGCAUCGCCGACGUGGUGUACCACGACAAGGGCGGCGGCAAGAAGGUGGCGUACUGCCUCACCGGAAGCGGCGACGUGCACGUCCUCCACCUCCCCGCCGGUCGCCAUGGCCAGCGGAGACGACGGCCGCUGCCGCCGUCGUUCCAGCGCCUCUUCGACAAGGCCAGCAUGGUUUUCUACCCCACGGUGGCGUUCGCGCCACCGUACGACGACGCGACCCGCCGGACCGAGAACGCCAAGAACCUGGUGCUCUGCCACGACGGCCAUUUCUACCAGAUUUGGAGGAACAAAUGUAACGACGAGAUGCUCGUUCUGAGGUACUACCCUCGCCGCCGGCCGUGCUGGGUCGCGGCGAAGGAUCUCGGCGGAUUCUCGGUGUUCAUCGGGCAGAACAACGCGGUGGCUCUGCGCGUGGAUGGCAGCGGCGGCGCCGCCACGCCGGGGCUGAGAAGGAACUGCGUGUACUGGAUCGACGGCAGCCGGAAUGAGGCCAAGGUGUUCGACAUGGAGACUGGCAAGUCAUCGCCGUGCUUCCCCAAUGGCGAUGAAGCCCACGCCGCCAUCUGCUGGUGCUACAUGGGUACUGGUGUGGCAAAAUCACCUCACCAUGUUCAUGUCCAAAAAAGGGCUCGUCGUGUGUGAAUCGGACUUGGGACAAGUUUCAUGCUUCAUUUUUUUUUUCAUGUUCGACGCCCGUUAAAUUUUGUGCCUAUGUUUUAUCAUACUUUUUAUUUCAAAUGAAUAAGUAGUAGUAUUUGUU